AUGAAAGCUAAAUUGACUGCAGCGAGCUCUUUACUAUUGACUGUCCUCUUCCUCUGUUUCCUCAAAGGCACGGAAUUAGUAACUAGUGGUGACUUGAUUGAGUUCCGUAAGUGGUUUGAUGAUCGUGGUGGAAAAUGCCGUUGUAAAUUUCUGGAAAGGAAAUACCACAAGCUCACUGCUGUAGCAGAUAGACGUAUUGUAGACAAAGAGUCCAUUUUGAUGGUUCCCGAGUCUUUACUAGUGAACUCUGCCACGAUUAAAAAGUACAGUAGCGCCCUCUCUAGAAGUAUACAUAUUUAAGCUGUUCAAUUUAAAAAAUACAUUCGUUUCUUGAAUCCAUGUUAUACUGUCAAAAGUAGCCAAAACCGGCUGUUGAGGUGUUUCAAGUUUGCUGUUCAAAUUUGAAACUUGAGCGGUGAAGUAUACCUUGUUGCCCCGUAAUACUGAUGUUAAGUCAUGAGAUGUGAACAUUGUUGCUAUAUCACUUCUUCCCAAAACAACCUCUGAUACCCAUGCUAGUCUCAACAUAGUCCUAAUUUCAAACAAGUCCUACUUAAAUAGUCCUACUGUCAAACUACGUAUUAGAGGUUCUAUAUUUUGGCAGAAGUUAUAUAGUAUCGAUGCCUACAUCUUACGAUUUAAUAGGAAGUCAGGUGAAGCAAAGGUGAAUGGCUGAAAGGAAGAGAGGAAGAAAAGGGGGCUCAUUUUAAGAAAAAUAUAUUGCAUUUAUGAGCCUCUAGAAUAAUAAUUAUAAAGGGUAUUAUGACCCUGAAACUUAAUUGUUUUCCCAAAUUCAUUCCCUGUCCCUCAAAUUGAAUUUCAAUCACACUGUCACUUAUAUUGUUAGCAAAUGGAAAAAAAAAGAAUCACCCCGACAAAGAAUUUCUACCUGGAAGGGAUCUAGGUGGGAAGCUAGAAAAUACAAAAUUCCAUAUGGUGAUAAUCACAAUGCAAUAAGUAUUUUAUAUUAGUAACAUUUCCUGUUAAUCCUGGAUGGGCAGUUCAGAGCUAAGAAUUUAGUGAUUCUUGUGUGGUUUCAGGUCAACGAUUGGUCCAACGCUGGAGCAGCUAUCUCUUGUUCAGCACCAGAUCCUUAACCAUCCAGAUUACUUGGAACGACAAGUAAUGCAGUUUAUGCAGAUGGCAAUAUUUGUGCUUUAUUCUGUUCACACCAGCGAUGAGCAAUGGCUACCUUACUUUAAUAUCCUCAUAAACCAUCAAUGCAAUGCUUUGUGGAUGUGGAGUGAAGAGGAGCUGAGAGAGCUGCAAGAUGAAAAACUACUAAGGAGAGCAAUUGAAUGGAAGGAAAUGGUCUCUAGGCUGGCAGCUAACAUAACACCAAAACUGAAUGGCUUUGGCUUGUUCUAUGGAAAGGACCUUACUCCAGAGACCUUGGUAAAAUAUUAAGAAAUACCUUAACACCAGUAGUUGAUGCCAGUUUAAGUAGAAGGGUACCUUAUCAGGGAUUAUUCUUAUUUUUGUUUUGCUUUUUUCAUGUGACAAAUAUGUGUCAGUGUCUUUUUUUCAAGGUUGAGUAAGCAGGUGUUUCCCUUGAUCUGUAAACCCUUUAACUCACAUGAACAGUUCCUUGUGAUUCCAAUGUGAUAUCUUGCUAACAAAACUUAUGAAAGUUUGAGUCAAGUAACAUCACAUUACCGAGGAGUAUCGUAUCGUUGCAGGAAUUUUCAUUUUUUGCAGUAAGUAUACUGAGAGCUUUACAAAGAUAGUGGACUCUUGUUUAUGUUACACUGCUUGUGCUGGAAAAUUUAAGUAAUGCAUGAAUGACAAAAGGAACAGUUCAGAUCUAUUGUAUACACUUAUCUAGCAGUAAUAAAGGGGGUAAGUUUCUAAAGAAACUGUGGUGCUGCAUUCGGUGGGAGAGUAUAGCAGGUAAUUUAGUGUUGACAGCUGAGUUAAAAAUGUAAAUUGGCCACCGCAAAGGGUAAACAAGCUGAUGUUUCAAGCCAUCAUUCCCAUCGCUCUGACAAAGGGCUAACACUCAAAACGUCAGCUCUUUUAUCCUUUAUGGUGGCCAAUUUACAUUUUCAACUUGGUUGUUAAAACUAAAUUACCUGCUAUUUAGCAGUAAAGUUGUUAUAUAAAAAAGGAAAAGGAAAAAAAUGCCAAAUCUGAAUUAAUUAUCAUAUAGCAUAAGUACAUGGCAUUGUUAUGUAGAUUUUUUUAUUCUUGGAAUGGCUUGAAAUCUCUAAACAACGUCUGGUACUCUAAAGAAGUUUAAAAUAACUUUUUAGUAUAAAAAUUGCAUGAAAAUUAUGCAGCUGCCAAGCAGAUAAGCCUGAGGGUUGUUUUAAAGGCUAAUAAACUCCUCUUUGGCUUUUUCCUUUUUGGCGUUUUUUAUUUUUUUAUGACAAGUUAUUGCAGUUAGGUGUAUGUUGCAUUUGUUUGUUUGUAUGUUUGCUUCAGAUAAAUGCAGUUUGUGCAGUUCAAUCAAACAGUUAUAAUAUAACAAGUCACUCUGGACGCCUGGUCAGGACCCUGGUGCCAGUAAGUUAAUUUUCUCUACAGUCUGAUUUGUUAUUUUUCCUCAAGUGUUCGACCUUAAACUACCAUUUUGCUUCUUUCUGUGUUGAAUAAGGAAAGCUUUCUGUGUUGUCUUAUUUUCACAUAUCCACCAGGAAAUUUUUAUUCUAUCUACAAUCACUCAUCCUUAUCUUUAUGUCAUGUGAUGCAUACAUUGGAGCUCACUAAAGAAUACCUGAUCAAAUGCACAAGUAUCUGGGUCGUUCACCUCUGCCAAUGUCAUUUUCUGCAUAACUUGCACUUAUUGCAAAAAGUUAUACAUUGGUGAAACACGAAGACGACGAGGUGACCGAUUCCAAGAAAACCUUCGCGACGUUGGAAGAAAUGACAAGGACGCAUCCAAACCAGUUGUUAGACACUUGAGUCUCCCCAAUCAUUCUAAACAGAUGUAGGGAAAGGCCGCAGUUUGCGGCCUUUCCUUAAAUCUAGGCAGUUCGGAAAGUCGUAAAACUCUAGACCAAAAAUUUAUCUCCAAAUUCGGCACUCUUAAUUCCAACGGUAUCAACGAGCGCUUUCCGUUCAACUAAUUUGUUCUUGUUUUCUUGUCACCAUAUUUCCACCAACAGCGUAGCUCCAUUUUCUGCAUAUAAACCCACACACAACCCACAAUUCCUCCAAUCACUCUGACGAAGGGCUAACGCUCCAAACGUCAGCCUUAAAACUCUUUGCGGUGACCAACUUACGUUAUCAACUCAGUUGAUAACACUAAAUUACCCUGUUAUACUCUCCCACCGACGCAGCACCACAGUUUCUUUAGAAACUUACCCCCUUUAUUUAGAAAUGGCUUACUACUCAGCCAGGGCUGGACCCUAAAAUGCCCGCCAUUAAAACUGACUCCUCUCCUUUAAAACAUAAGGUCUGUGGAUCUCUCUAGAAACUACCAUCGUGUUAACCUUCAAUAUUUGGUGCGAAAUUCGGAUCGAAAAGUUUAGCUUCCUUCUUAACAAAGUCACACUUGUUGUUGAAAACUUAUGUUAUUUUCUUUUCAGGGCCUUAACAUGUUUGCAUAUCGGCCCAGUGUUGGUGGAACAUGGUGGACCAAGGGUGGCGCCCUACGUUACAGACGUGUUAACACUACAAUUGAGGAAGGAGAUACUAUAUUCAUUGACGUUAAUCCGAAUGGUGACAGCGUUCAAACGCUUCUGCAAUAUGGCUUGUUCGUUUCUGAGGGAAGCAAAUUCUUCACUCCUUUGCCAGAGCAAAAAAGCAGGAUGCGGCGAAGAUUUGUGGACAUGUUAAAACUCAAGAAGAAAAUAAAAUACAGCGAGAAAUUCACUUUUAAGGCAGCAGGUCUUCCAAGUUUCAGAGUACAAGCGCUUUCGGACAAAGAUGUCGACGCUUUAGUGAGAGCAGGAAGCAAUCCGAGCAAAUUAUCUGAGUUAAAGAAAGUAUUUAACAGUCCAUCGCUUCAUGUUGGAACCAACCCUUCAUACUCUUGCAAGGACGAAGUGGUCGCCUUAAAUUUGUUAACGCUUCACCUCAGAGAUGAAAUGUUAGGUAGAACUACUGGAAUGCCAAAGGAUGAAGAGAUCUUGACCAAGGAUAUUCCAACAAGGCAACGUAUUGCUGUGGAAUUUAGACUGAAGUUUAAAAAGCUUGCUACGAAUUAUCUUGAUAUAACCAGCGCUCGAGCGAUAGAGACAAAAAGGGAAUGUCUGUCUAGAAAGAGAGAUGAACUUUAACCCUUUUUUCGCAGCCCGUAACUUGUGUGCGUUCCACCAUACUCGAACUACCAAAUUUAGUCUGAAAAUAUCCCAGGAAAGUUCUCCAGCACUGAAUUCAAAUUUUCAGAUGGCUGAAUUCUAAAACGUUUACCAGAGACUCACACAUCCUCAAGGGCUACGUUUGAAUUACUUUUCAUCAGUAUGUCAAACCUCAGGUCCAGAAAAUAAUUUAUGUUGCUAUUUAUGUCCACUAUAAUUUCCUCG